UGGCGCAUUUUUCUCGUUGUUCGCGAUAGUCCUUUCUGAAAUAAAAUGGCAGCCUCCAGUGGGAAAAAGAAAGUAGAUCUUCGGGAGUUAAUGAGACAGCAAAAGGCUGCAAAGCAAAGCAAUGUCAAGAGAAUUGAAUCACCAUUAGCGAAAUAUAACAACCUUGGUCAGUUAAUCUGUGUAGUUUGCAGUCAGCAGGUGAAGAAUGAAAUACUGUGGACAGCUCAUAUUCAAGGAAAGAAACAUAAAGAUAAUGUGUUAUUGCUGAAGACUGGAAAGCAAGUUGGCAGUACAGUAGUUAGUACACACCCUGUGAGAAGUAACGCUCAACCAGUGCCGCAGCCUUCAACCACUACUAUCAAACGAAAGGCAGAACCGGAUACUACUGCACAACCUGUCAAAGGCAUACUAAAGAAACCAAGAAUUGGUCUGCCAUAUGAUGACUCUUCAUCUGAGGAAUCAGACAAUGAAGAAACACCACAAGACAAACUUCCAGCAGACUUCUUUGACAAUCCUAAAAGAACAUCCACAUCAAAGACGGUUACAUCAAGUACAUCAUCAUCACAGGUCAAGAGGUCAAAUGAUGUCAUACCAUCGGGACUUCCAGCAGACUUUUUUGACAGCAGUGCUUCCUCAAAUAAUGCAUCAGAAGAGCCUUCAGGAAAGGAGGAACAGGACCUGACCAAUAAGCCAAUGUCAGAGGUUCUUCCAGAAGGUUUCUUUGAUGAUCCUGUGCAGGAUGCAAAGGUACGGAAAGUAGAAGUGAGGAACACAAUGGAAGAGGAAUGGGAGAAAUUUCAGAAAGAGAUGGAAACACAGCAACAGGUGUCAGAAACCUUGGCAGAGGAAGAUGAUGAGGCAGCACAGACAGAACGAAAUAUUGAUGAAAUAGAUGAACAAAUUCAAUGUUUUGCCAAAGUGGAGACACUAUGGGACAAGAAAGAUGAACUGAAAUCAAAGGCUGAAGACAGAUUGAAAGAUGGAGAGAGGAAACAAGGAGGAAAUGAACUUGAUGAGAGUGGAGAUGAGGCAGAGUUUGAAGAAUUCUUGAACUGGAGAUCAAAAGGUGCUUGGAAAUGAGACUUUGUGCCUGUCAAAUAUGAUCGAUUCAUGGAACAAUGUUUUGGGCAUUGACUGGUCUUGCACUAUUGCUGAUGAAUGUAACUCACUACUCUUCUUUCAUGAACACUAUGGAUGGUCAAGCAAAGAACGAUAUCAAGCAUA